GAGGAGGAACCAAUGGUAGGCGAGGUGGUGGAAGGCGAGGACGGAGAGGAGGUAGUCGCGAUGGCAGCGGUGACCGUGGAGGACGGUGGUAUCGAGGUGAUCGAGGAGGAAGAGAUGGAUGAUGAGGAAGUCGGGCACAUGAUGAGAGAUGGUGGUGCUGAAGACGAUGCAGUGCGGCGAGCGGGAGGAGCAGAAGAGAUCGUGUUAGGUGGCGCAGUCGUCGAUGAUGACGAGCUGCAUGGUGAUCCAUCGGAGGGUGUAAUCAUCGAUACGGCUACCGACGAGGAUGAGGAACUCCUGCUGCAUCACCAGCAUCACCAUCAUCAUCAUCAUGAGCAGAUAUUGGAGCAUCAUCACGAUCUUGAUGCGGUGGUAGAGGAAGAUCAUCAUCAUCAGCAUCACCAUCAGCAGCAGCAGCAGCAUCAUCAUCAUCAUCAUCAUCAUCAUCAUCAUCAUCAUCAGGAUGUGCAUGAUUCGAUCGAGGAGCAUCAUCACGGGCUUCACGUGCAUCACGUUGCAGAGGAUGGUAGUGAAGAGAUACUGGGUGGCGAGGAGCUCGAGGAGCAAGAGAUAGUUGUUCAGCAUGGCUUCGUCCAUGAGGAUGAUCCGAUCAAUUCAUCCGAAAAGGAUGCAACGGCAGACGAAGGAGGCGAAGCUGGAUUAAGCUCCGUCACUUCCGACCACGACGAUGCUCCUGCUGACGCUGUUGGUGGUAGUAGUGGCGAUGGUGGUGGAACUGGUGGCGGUGGCGGUGGUGGAAGCAACAGUACCGAUCAUCCCGGUUUACCAUCGUCCUACAAACUGUUUUUCAGUUUGUAAAGUGAAGGCAGAACAGAUCACUAGAAGAAUCUCCGGAAAAGCAAACGAUCCGGUAGAUAUCAAUCAUAUAUCUGUUGCUCGUACCUCGAUUUGGAGGAGGUACUGAUUUAAUUUUUAAGUUUUAAGUGCUCUAGGGGCUCUAUAUAUUUUAAAUAUUUUUUUUUGCAAUAAUUUCACCACACGAGACACACAAUCUUGUGUGAGUGUGGUCGUGAUGUGGAUUCUAAAUUCAACAGAACGCACGGGCGUCACGGAGAGAGUCACGCAGCAGAUGGGUUGCAUCAAAAGCAAGAUGAUAUGCGCCCAUUUUUUUUCUAUUUUAUCUGUUGACUUUCUUUUCGGGCCUUUAGGUUAUGUUUGUUACAGUCUGUACAUAAUGACUAAAACCUGUAGCCUUCAUGCGUAUUGCGUGGGAACAGGUAUCGCGGAAAAACACACAAGAUCGCGAUAGAUCGAUUGAGGAUCACGUGUCCGGAUUUAUAUAUAGAAAGUUAGAUCAAGUUUAGAAGUAGGGAUGUAACUACAAAAGAUUCGCUUACGAUGUUCUCGUGCAACAGAGGAAAAGGAGAAAAAGAUUCCUGUCUAGAACAGAACGGAUCCGAUCAAGAACUGCGGUUGGGCCGCUUUAGUGUAAAUAAACGAAUAAUUAGAUUCCGUGAGUGGGUAGAAGGUAUUAGUACUCAUACUCAAACAAAUCAAAUGGUUAAAAUAGUGAAGUAGUUCAACAAUCUAAUCAUUGUCGUCAUCACCGUCAUCCAUCCUCAUUCACACAGUUUCACAGUUAAUCCAUCGCAACCGCAAAUGAAUCCUGGCUCUGUUCCGCGAGUAUGCUCCCUGCGCUACAAUGUAAAUUAGGAAAAUUUUAACAGACAGAUACGUUUUUCGAUUAGCGAACACCGCAUAAGGCUUCGGGUAUGUACCACAUACACCACUCCCUUUACCACGCACUGUUCCUUGAGUGUCGCUAAGCAAGGGUUGAUGGUAAAGGUAGUAUUACGGAUCAAUUUUGGCAGCAAGUAGGGGACUACGCAAUCAGUGCGUAAAGGCCAGGUUGUGUAAAUGCUAGAACUAGAAAGACUAUUAUUCAUUUGCAUCCCCGUCAAGCACGUACGUCAGUACGCAUGAUUACAUUGCACAAGCGAACACGAGACACAUGUGUGGCGUAAGUUUAGUAGUGCAGAGGAGAGGUUUGUUUCAGUUUCUAGUUGAAAGUUUGCUAAGUUUGUAGCGAGUAAAUAAGAAUCCAAAUGUGGAAUAUGCGGUUCCUCUCUUUGAGAGAAGAGCUUCCGACAGUGUACUGGGGACUAAUGGUGAUUAGCAACCGCCAUAUACCCGCACCUGACAUUAUUACGUUGCAUUAUUGCCUUGUGGAAAACAGAGGACAUGCGAUAACCGAGCGCUCUGCAGCAGUCACCGGUAUCGUUUAUCUUUUUAUCGAGGAAUUUUAAAAUAAUAUAUAAAACAUCCAAUACAACGAGUGUGACGCAUGGGCUCGCGGAAAAAGGUUAAAGGGGAAACUGGAGAAGGAACAUUUAAUUAUUUAUUGGUUUCACCUCGCUCUGGUGUAGCAUCCAGAGGGCGAUCAAGCGAAGCGAGUUUCGUAAACCUAUUAUUCACACACUUCAUAGAAACGUCAUUGUCGUGCAUCGAUUGUAGAAUUCAUGAGUGGCCACUACCACGCUCUGUGUGUGUGUGUUUUGUGUGUGAGUGGCAGCAGUAGCAGAACCUCUAGUACAUAAACCGAUCGCCAAGCCCUGGUCAUUAAAUGUCAUGAAUUAAAAGUGAAAUCUGAACAAAUCAUUUUCCUACCGGAGGGAUUGUGUCCAGGAAAAUUAAUAAAUACAGCAAAGGGGCUGCGUGGAGGGGUGUAAACGAAGGAGCAAAAAGAAACCCAGAAUAAUCAAUCGUGUUGUAUGUUUUGAAUGUCAUUUUAUCACUUAUAAUGUUCCGUCAGACUCCACCAUAUUAACCAAAUGAUCUAUCAAUCGGAUUGAGAAAUAGAAACAUCCCACGGGUGGUUUGAAACGUUAGGAAGACGCAAGAAGAGCUUGUUUCAAAAUUUUACAAAAACUUAGAUCGAUUGAACUCCAUACGGAUACAAAAAAAAAAAAGAAAAACACAGAAGAGUACAACUUUAGCUAAUAGUAAAUGGACGAGAGACGAAUAAGAGACGAAAAAAUUACCCGGAACAUGCAAUGCGAAGUGGAUAACACGCACUGUGGAGUAAGUAAAAGUGCACAGUCUUCGAUAAAUAUUUCACACAAAUACGCGCUCCGCGAUUGGUUCUCAUCCACCCCAAUAAAAAAGCAUACAAUAUCGAUUUAAUCAAGUAGUGAGCAGCUGUAUAAAUAGCAUGGCAAACGCUAAAAGAACUCAUCGUCACUGAGGAAGAAGCAUUUUAAACUUGAAAAAAGUUCGCCUCCGGAGAGAGAGGAUAGCGGGGAUUCUCGAACAUCAGACACGUACUACAAUACAUGAUAAGAUAUGAAGAGCAGAAGCGGUGUAUGAAAGCGAAAAUAAAUCAAAUAUUUUUACAAACUA